GUUGUUUAAAUCCUUCCCAUUGAUGUUUGAACUGCAAUUGAUCAGUCUCUUAUUGACAUAUUUGCAUCCUGUGCGGAUUACCCCGAUAUUGCCAACAAGUCACAAGCACUGUAAACAGAGAUGGAUGUUCUGGAUUCUACUGUUUACUGAUCCUCACUGACUUUCACAUACUGACAUUCUAUAGUGAAAGUGACUGAAAACUAUAUUAUACGAAAUACUAGAAAAUGAAUUCCUCACUUGAGAUCAGAAUGUCCAAAAUAUAUUCGGAAUCCAAUUGGACGUAGAAAAAUCACCAUAGAAGCACCAACAUGGUCUGAUAUAGUACGAUUAUAUACUUUGUCAACUGAUAUAACAUCAUCGACAACUUCGGUUCGUAAAACGUUUUUUAAAUUAAUAAAGCCUAAUAAUAUGUCAAAAAGGGAUGUUGGACUUUGGGGUCCGACUGACUGUAAACCAGAUGAAAAAUUGGCUAUCAUUGUUCCUUAUCGAAAUCGAGAUGUACAUUUACGUCUGUUUGUAAAACAUAUGCAUGAAUUUUUGAGAAGACAACAAUUAAUGUAUACGAUAUUUGUGAUCAACCAAGUAAGCUUACUGAUUUAUCAGGAAAAUUUUGGAGGUGUAAUUGCCAUCAGUCGUCAACAAUUCGAGAAAGUUGGUGGUUUUUCAAAUGUUUACUUUGGAUGGGGAGGAGAAGAUGAUGAUUUUUAUAAGAGAAUCAUCUAUCACAACUACAGUAUUGUGCGCUAUCCAGAGGAAAUCGGUCGCUACAUUAUGCUGAGGCAUAAAAGGGAUUCACGAAAUGAACCUAAUCAAAGGCGCUUUGAUUUACUGGAAAGUGCUGAAUCUCGUUUUAACAUAGAUGGUUAUUGGACUUCUAAUUACACAAUUAUAAAAGCACACUCAUUAUAUAAUGGUCUCAUUUAUUGGAUAUCUGUUGCUGUUUAAACUUAUUAUUAUGUUAAAAAGAGAGAUAUUUCAAAUAUAUGUUCAUAUAUAUAUUCACUGGCCGUUAAGAGAGUCACGUUUCAAAUACAUUAACAAUAAUUUCUUCUUCAAUAAAAACUUUGACCACCAUAAAUGUCUACAAUAUUAAUUCAUUUCAUCUUAGUUGUGCAUAAAUGAAGACAAAUUAUCAAUUAAUUUCAACAAUAGUAAUCAUAUUAAAUUCAAAGAUCCAGUUGUAACUUAACAGUUUGAUGAAAUUAUCUGCAAGAAGCAAUGAAUGAAUAAUUUUUUCUUCAUUCUCCCAUAUCUUUCCAUGAUUAUAGUGAAAGCGACAAGUUGUGAUUUCACAAUCAAUUUCUGUAUCUACUUCAAAUAUAGUUUUUGUACAUUGUCAAUAGUAAACAUCAGUG